AUGCCACUCAUGCUGAUGCCGAAUUUGCUGCAGCUGCUGCAGCUGCUGCAGCUGCAGCAGCAGCAGCUGCUGCUGCUGCCUCGUGGGGAGCACAGGCCGUGUGGGACUGGCUGUGGCCCUCAGGCGCUGCAGCACAAUGGAGGAGCAGCAGCAGCAGCAGGAAGGCGUGCAGCAGCGGCAAGCGCAGUAGCAGCAGCCUCACAAAACUCGCAGCAGCAGAAGCAGGCCCCGCAAAACCAGCAGCAGCAGCAGCAGCAAGAACAGGCAGCAGCAAAGAAGAACAACAGCAAAUCAGACGGGCUGUUGAUACAGCUGUGGCGAGCGGCGACUCCAGUAACAGCUAAAGAGGGCGUGCAUCAGCAGCAGCAGCAGCAGCAGCAGCAAGAACAGCAGCAAGCGUGGGGUCACCUUUAG